AUGAUAAACCUUCAAGACCUGUUUGUUGUAGAUGUUGAAGUAGAUAUUGAAGAGGAUCCAGAACCCAAAGAGAGCGCCCAGUUCAAGAGUGUUGAGCAGCGAGUUGCCGGCGGAGAACUCGCCGGCGCUACUCUCCGGCACGGAGGUUGGUCUGGCAUGGAGAAAGAGGCUAGAAGGAGCGAGUUUGAAAGAAAGAAAGGAAGAAGAAGAAAGAGAAAAUGGUUGUUGGCAUGGGAAGGAAGAGGAAGUGAGAAUGUGGUUGAGUUUGGAAGUGGAAGGAAGAAGAAGAGUGUUAUGUUUGCGGAGGAAGAGGGAAGCGGAAGGAGAGAGAAGUGUGGUCUGCAUUUCCAAGAUCGCAACGAACUCUUGACACGAGCCUGGGUUCCGUUCUUUCUUCGCUUCAACGCAAUGGUUGACCGUGACGUGAUGGAGCAAGACGAUGGACCAUCUGUGUAA